AAAUUUACCCAUGCUUCGACAACAUCCGCUGUGUCCUUAGUCCUUGACUCCUUGGAACGACAGAAAGCAGUUUGCAUCAUUGUCAUUCGAAGUUUAGAGUUUCCCCCUGUUUUUAAUAUUGUCAGAAGUUGUCAAAAUGGAAGAUAAAGUACCACCUUCUCCGAAUUAUAAUCCUUAUUCUUCAUCUGAUCCAUCCAUGAAUGUACCAGUAACGACAGGAGCUGCUGGCGCCAUCAUGUCUCCUUAUCUCAAUUUUGAUCCAUCGUACCUUGGUCCUGGUGGUGCAGAUUCACAGUUUAUUUUCCCAGAAGGGGCAGCUAGAACCCGAGGACGACUUGAGCUUUCAUUUUCACAAAUUGGAGCCUCUGUAUUUGUUGGUGCUGCUGUCGGAGGGCUCAAUGGAUUGUAUUCCGGUGUCAAGGACGUUCAAGCUCGUCAACUUGUUGGUGCAAACAGAAGGACACAGUUGUUGAAUUUUAUCACAAAGGGUGGAGCAUCAACAGCUCAAACUCUAGGUGUUGUGGCCCUGAUGUACAGCGUGUUUGGAGUCAUUUUGUCACAAGGACGUGGUGUGGAUGAUGAGCUCAACACUGUGGUUGCUGGCACAGCCACAGGAAUGCUGUACAAAUCAUCAGCUGGCUGGAAAAGAUGUCUUCGGGGUGGAGGCAUUGGUCUGGGUCUGUCAGCAGCAUACGUUCUUUUCACCAGCAGAGACAGAAUCAAGAGCGUUCUUGGGAGAUAAAUGUUGUCCUGUUUGCUUUUGAUUUUAAAUGUCUGGUUUGUUUUGUUUUUAUUUUAUUCUCUGGAAAUGAGAAGUGCAACAAUCUCUGAACAGUGCAAGGCUGUGUGAAAAUUCUGACAUGAUGUCAACACUGGUAUCAAUUCACAAGGAUAGGCUGUCUGUUCUAGAAGGGUUCCAUAUCUUAUUGAAAGUUUUAAACGAUGUGCAGGGAAGAUAUGAUUUUUUGGUAUGAGACACAUUGUGUGGGAGUGAGUACAUUCUGUCCUUCACUCGCACUACUUGCCUUUCAUCAUCAUCCUGUUUUUGAUAUUCAGAACUUUGAUUACUUUAUUGCGAGAUUUGACAGUUUUCAUAUCAGUGUAAUGUGACAUUAAUUGUGAGGCAGCAUGGUGAAAUCAGGUGCUCGUCAAAAUAAUGAAUUCAGAGAAGUCGGCAUUUUUCCCCCGGUCUUGCAAUUUUUUUUCAAAUACUUAUUUUUUGGUUCAACACCUUUUAUAUCAAUUGAAAAACACAUUUUUGUGAAGAUUUCAAUUUUAAAAGUUGGUAAAAGGCACCAAAAAUGUAAAGUAUUUGUUUCCGAGGUCUCUCAAACUAUGUAAUUUUCUUGCUAAUUGCACCUCUGAAACCAGGCGACCCUACCUCCUUCAAUUGCAAAUAUCUCGACUUCUGUUCAAGAUAGGUGGGUAUUUCUUUUUAUCUCAAGUAAGACAAAUGAACAAGCUGUAUAAUGAUACUAUUAGCUCCAUAUACCCGAAAAUUAACGAGGGCCUGAGUCCACCACGUUGUAACAAGGCAGGUGUUGUGUUUUUUAAAAUCUGGUAGAAAAGCUUGACUUUUGUUUUCUUACAACUUUACAGAGAUAUGACUACAUGUAACUAAGGUGAAGCUUGUCUCUUUCUCUAGAUGUACGAUAGAAUGUAUUAAUCUAUUUUGCUAUUUUUGAGAAGGUCGAAAGACAGCAAAAAAUAAUUUGCAAGUAGGCCUCCAUAUGUAAGUAGCGGUAUUCUUUUACCAGAUAUUACAGCCAAAGUCUGUAAAAAUGCCAGCUUCAUAACUUAUCAUUCAACACAAGUGUUGUGUAAAGAGAGUCAGCAGAUGUGGUUUUAGGUGAUUUUUUUCCCAAUUGUUAUUAUGUUCUAGUUGCUGUUGGUUCAGAUUGUGAUAGAAGUGUGUUUGCUUGUGUGUGCAUGCAAGAACCUGUAAGGACGUAUAUUUGCUUUGCGUGGGUGCUUGGAUUCCGCACUGGUUAUAAAUUUGUUGCUCACUUUGAAUCUACAGUGAGUUUUGGGAAGUUCUUCAAUAUUUUGCAACUGUUUAGACUAAAUUUCAUUUACUGAAGUAAUGUGUUUGUCUUUUCCGGGGGGGGGGGGGGGGGGGGGUGAGUCUUGGGUACUCUUUUUUUUUUUUUUUUUUUCAUCAGCAAACACUCAUUAAUUCAGUAAGAUAUGGUGUUUUCGUUUUUUUUUAAAUACCACAGGUCUAAUGUUUUUCAUUAAUUUACAAAUUUGACACUUUUUGUAGACUGGUGCUGACGUCUUGUGAGGUGUGUGACCAAUGAAUGAGUGGUGCUGAUGUAAGAAAUUGGAACCAAUGCAUGAGAAAUAAAUUUCUUAAAAUUUUGAACUUG